UGCACAUCACAGACCCGUGCUAGGGGCGAUUUACUAGUUCAUCUACUACUACUACAUUACUAUACCACCAUACUACCAUGACAUGUCCGGCCCGGUCCCGCAUACACCCGCACACGUCAUUCCAAGCUUCAUGUACCCCGCGUGACAUGCGACACUGAAUAACAUGCCGCGCGCAACGGCAAUCAAAAACGCACAAUCGCAAUGCGAUAGAGCAAGAGGGGUAUUAGCCGUGGGGCCUCAGGUUUCCAAGCACUAUGUAAGUGGGCUCUGGGCCUCUGCGACGAGCUCAAGACGGCUUGCUGUGCUGUGGCCCUCGGCUCUGGUUAUCCCGCUAGGCGACUCUUCGACUAAGAGCUGCUCGUCCCAUCAACCGAACAUCGUCGCCCUUCUGACUUCGCAUUCGAGACCGCGGCCGGAAACCAUCACCUUCUGAAACGCGCUGGAACUGCAAUUCCGAGGCUAUCUUCUUGUCUUACUCAUCUUCCGCCAUGAAGCCGGCCGUUGCUGCCUCCGCGACUAUCCGCCAUGCAUCUUCAAUUGCGCAUCUCUCCCGUCGCCAGACUUGUGCUUUUGCAACUCGCUGUUUAGCUUCUCACUCGCCUGCGACAUCGGCCCAACUUCUGAGCCCGCGACGACCAGCAACAAUCACUGCCAGAACAACGCCCACCAGCCUAUACACUCUCGUCGCACAGCACAGAAUGGCAUCGUCUUCCCCAGUCAAGAAGAUCAAGGUCAAGAACCCCGUCGUGGAGCUCGAUGGUGAUGAGAUGACCAGGAUUAUCUGGCAAGUCAUCAAAGACAAGUUUAUCCACCCCUACCUCGACAUUGACCUCAAGUACUAUGACCUGGGCCUGCCAUACCGUGAUGAGACCGACGACCAAGUCACGCUCGAUGCCGCUGAGGCUAUCAAAAAGUACUCGGUUGGUGUCAAGUGCGCAACCAUUACCCCAGACGAGCAGCGUGUAGAAGAGUUCAAGCUCAAGAAAAUGUGGUUGUCGCCCAAUGGCACCAUUCGAAACCAUCUAGGAGGAACCGUCUUCCGCGCACCCAUUGUUAUCCCCACCAUCCCUCGUCUCGUCCCUGGAUGGAAGCAGCCCAUCAUCAUUGGCCGCCACGCUUUCGGCGACCAGUACCGCGCCAAGGACCGUGUCAUUCCUGGUGAGGGAACCCUGGAAAUGGUCUUCACACCAAAGGGCGGCAAGCCCGAGGUGAUCAAGGUCUACGACUUCCCUGCCGAGGGCGGUGUCGCCCAGACCCAGUACAACACAACCGAGUCCAUCUCGGGUUUCGCACAUGCCUCGUUCAAGAUGGCGCUCGACAAGAAGAUGCCACUGUACAUGAGCACCAAGAACACCAUUCUCAAGGCAUACGACGGAAAGUUCAAGGACGUCUUCCAGGAAAUCUACGACACCCAGUACAAGAAGGACUUUGAGGCCGCCAACAUCUGGUAUGAGCACCGUCUGAUUGACGACAUGGUCGCUCAGAUGAUCAAGAGCGAGGGUGGCUAUGUUAUUGCCAUGAAGAACUACGACGGAGACGUCCAGUCGGACAUUGUCGCUCAGGGUUUCGGCUCUCUUGGUCUCAUGACUUCCACACUCAUCACCCCAGACGGCAAGACGUUCGAGGCUGAGGCCGCGCACGGUACCGUUACCCGCCACUACCGUGAGCACCAAAAGGGCAAGGAGACAUCUACUAACCCCAUUGCCUCCAUCUUUGCCUGGACACAAGGUCUAGCCAAGCGUGGCGAGCUCGACAACACCCCUGAACUUGUCGUCUUUGCUGAGACGCUCGAGAAGGCCUGCAUUGACACGGUCGACGUUGACAAGAUCAUGACCAAGGAUCUGGCGCUAGCGUGUGGAAAGAAGGACAGGGCUAGCUGGGUCACAACCAACGAGUACCUGGACGCGGUGGAACGAAGGCUCAAGUCGAGUUUGAAGGAAAAGCUAUAAACGCAGGGAGCAGGCCAAGGACAAGAUGGCAUGGUUGAGUGAUCACCAUACACAUCCAAUGUUGAGCGCAUAUGGAUGGAUGAGUGCUUAUUCCCAUGUAGAAAUCAAACCUAUCAAUUCUCGGGACAUGUUUGUUUAUUUUCGAAUGCCGAAACGAUAGUUCGUGCAUAGGUUCCCUUGUUCCACGGUGACGCAAGUGGGUCUAUGUUUGCUUGUUACACAUGUUGAGGCCAAACCAGCGCCACAGCCGUUUGCUGAACCCUCGAACCCCUCCGAUCACUCUGUCAAAGUCACCCUUUGGCCUCACCGGCGGUCUAUGCUCAAUCCAGCUGAAAAAUAGACCGCUUGAUGGCCGCUCCCAUUGAUAUGAACCUCUGCUCUGGGGGUUAUCCCAACAAUAGCAGCUAUGGCCUCGAUUACAG